AUGGAUAGUGCUGAUCUCAGCCUAAGUGAAGAUAAAAAUUUAAGAAUUUGUAUAGAUUCAGUGAAAGAAUGGGAAGGAACAUCUGAAGGGCGUGAUGCUGUCUUGCAAUCGAGUGAUGGUGGAUCGUUCCAUGUUCACAGGGGCGUGGUCUCGAUGUGUAGUCCCUACUUCCGAGUCCUCUUCACCACGAAAAUCGGCGACUCGUCCAGAAGGAGAAUUACCAUCCCGGGCGUCAGUGGGCCCAUGUUGAACGAGAUUCUCAUGUUCGCGUACACAGGGCAAAUUGAAAUAACGACAAAGAACGUGCAAGAGAUGCUGCCGGUCGCUGAUCAGUUCAACGUGAUUGGGAUCCUGAAGGCCUGCUCGAACUUCAUACGACACUACAUGACGACUGAGAACUGCAUCGGCAUUCGGAAUUUUGCUAGAAUUUUCUUCUGCUUUGAGCUGGAGGAAGCGGCUAAUAGGUUUAUAAUGAGCAACUUCAUGGACAUUAUGGAACAGAGUGAGGAGUUCUUGAGACUGCAGGCUGAAGAACUGCUUGAGCUUCUGAGCAUGAAUCGUCUGAAUGUCAGAAAAGAGGAGCUCGUAUGGGAAGCUGGGAUCAAGUGGGUGGACUUCGACCCAGAGAACCGCAAGCAGAAUGUCAGUAAUAUCAUGAGAACCGUGAGAUUAGGACUGAUGGACACCCAGUAUUUCAUGGAACAAGUUAAGCAGCAUAGGUACGUGGACAACAAUGACAGCUGUAAGCCAAUUGUAAGAGAAACUCUCCGGUUUUUGUGGGACUUAGAAAUUAUUGCAACAAAAGAAGAGGUUGUGGAGACUCCGUUUCUGGCGACGCCUAGGAUCCCGUACUCAAUACUUUUCACAGUCGGUGGUUGGAGCGGAGGCUCUCCCAUUACACUUAUAGAGACUUAUGACACUAAAGCUGAUCGGUGGAUUCAGGUGCCAGAGGUUGAUCCAAAAGGUCCACGUGCUUAUCACAAGCUAGCUGUCAUCGGGCAUGACAUCUACGUCAUUGGCGGGUUCAACGGUAAUGACUACUUCAAUAGCUGCCGAUGCUUCAAUGCAGUCACGAAGAAAUGGCGGGAAAUCGCCCAUAUGCAUACCAAAAGAUGUUACGUAAGCGUGGCUGUUUUGGAAGGUUAUAUCUAUGCUAUGGGUGGAUAUGAUGGACAUCAUAGACAAAAUACUGUAGAAAGAUACGACUACAGAACAAACCAGUGGUCCUGGGUGACGCCCAUGAAUGUGCAAAGAAGCGAUGCCUGCGCCACAACUCUUAAUGGCCAGAUCUACAUUGUGGGCGGCUUCAACGGAACCGAAUGUCUCCAAUCUGGGGAAUUUUACAAUCCAAUCAUUGAUCAGUGGACGGAAAUACCAAGUAUGGUCCACAGACGAUCCGGAGUUUCGGUCAUCGGCCACCACGGCCGGAUCUAUGCUCUGGGAGGAUACAAUGGCAUAUCUCGUUUGAUAAGUGCGGAAACGUUCGAGCCAGGAGCUGCUCAAUGGACCCCAAUGGCAGACAUGCUGCAUCCUAGAAGUAACUUCGCUGUGGAAGUGAUGGAUGACAUGAUCUUUGUGAUUGGUGGCUUCAAUGGCACGACUACCAUCUUCCACGUAGAGUGCUUCGACGAUCGAACAAACGAAUGGUACGAAGCGACUGACAUGAAUGUUUCCCGGUCAGCCCUCGCCGCAUGUGUCAUCCCCGGGCUACCAGACGUCAGCAGUUACAUCCAUCAGAACCGAAGCGGACUUAUGGAGGAGAAAAGGCAGAAGCUCAAGCAGCAAAGUCUGGAAUCCUCGAGAGCAAGAUACGUGCCGUUGGGUGAAAUUGAAGAAGAUGAUGACAAUGAUAUGACGAUAAUCAUAUGAUGUUGACAGCUUGCUGUAAAAGUUGUGAAUGUAUUUCCUUUAACUUGUGCAGACAGUUACAGAAAUCAGAAAAGGUGAGAUUUUCAGAAAAAUAAAGCGACGAAUCGUAAGAUGUCAGCAUUCAAGGAGAUCAGGAAGAGAAGUAUUAAGCGAGACACCACCCUGAUGUGAUCAUUCAACAUCUUUUAUGUGCCCAUAUCUUCUUUUUAACGAAAACAUCCAAAUACGAACGUUUUAAAGGAUUGACAAACAUCAGAGCAGACGAAGAAAAAUGUAAAUUAGAAUGAUUAGUAAUUAA